AUGGCUGCUCAUCCUCCUACUCUUCUCGAUCGUGCGUAUGGUGUGAAUAACAUCAAAUCGCACAUCCCUAUCAUCUUGGAUAACAAUGAUCACAACUACGAUGCCUGGCGGGAGCUUCUUCUCACGCACUGUCAAAGCUUCGAAGUUGCGGGUCAUCUUGACGGCACCCUUCUUCCGACUGAUGACAAUGAUCAGCUAUGGAUCAAACGUGACGGCUUAGUCAAGUUAUGGCUUUACGGAACCAUUUCCAAGGAACUCUUCCGUAGUGUGUUCAAAACUGGAGGAACAUCUAGGGAGAUCUGGACUCGCAUUGAGAAUUACUUCAGAGACAACAAGGAAGCACGGGACAUUCGACUUGAUCAUGAACUUCGCAACAAAACGAUCGGUGACCUGACCAUUCAUACUUACUGUCAGGACCUCAAGUCUAUCUCAGAAUUGCUGGCGAAUGUAGAGUCCCCAGUCUCCGAAAGAACGCUCGUCACCUACAUGAUCAAUGGCUUGAGUGCUAAGUUUGACAACAUUAUCAACGUCAUAAUGCAUCGUCAGCCUUUCCCUACCUUCGAGCAAGCACGGUCCAUGCUCAUCUUGGAAGAAGAACGACUCAACAAAGGCGACAAGUCGCCACUGGUGAAGGACUCACCAUCCUCAGACAAAGUCCUGAAUGUCUCAGCUACGUCUCAGCCUGCAGCCACAACUCAACAACCACAACAGCAGCAGCGCUUUUACAACAACAGAGGAUCCAAGCGCAACAACAGAGGUCGUGGGCGCAACUACAACAACAACCAACGACCAAUGUAUAACCAGUGGGGCGUACCGUUUUGGCCAAAUGCUUAUUCCUUUUGGGGAAAUCAACAACAGGCUCCAUGGGGACAACAACAGUUCAACAACCAGGGCAUUCUUGGCCCUCGCCCCAAUCAACAGGCUCAUCAAGUUCAGACUCAAGGCCAGUUUCCGAGUGCUGCUCCCUUUUGUCCCAACAACGGACUUUGCAUCAGCGUUAAACACUAUGACGCUAAUGGAUCCUACUGA